AUGAAUCAAAUUUACAUCAGACUUCUGGUGAUCAUAUCGCUCACUGGUUUCAAAGUAGCGGGAAACUAUUCCGAGUCGUUGGCUUUCUUAAACCGCAAACUGGAGAGUGGAAGCUACAACACUCAGCUUCGACCUCUGAUGGAUCAGAACCAAUUGAUGAAUGUAAGCGUUGCCUUUGAGCUCGUCUCCAUAGUGGAGGUCAAUGACGUCACUCAGAGUUUUAUCUGCAACGGAUUUCUGUUUGUUAAUUGGAAAGAUGAGAUUUUGGCGUGGAAAGAUUCGGGUGACAAUGUCGAUGUUCUUCACCCACUGCCUGAGAAUAUUUGGAGGCCGAGGAUGAUACUCAUGAAUACACUAGAGGACAGGGAUCUGUUUGAUGACGACAAAGCUCCAGUGUUUAUAAGCAGAGAUGGGGAUGUCACGUGGGUUCCCGGCAGUCUUUUCCCAACAUCCUGUAAACUCAAUAUGGCAUCCUAUCCCUUUGACGUACAGACAUGUUACAUUCAACUUGUCGCUAUGACCUUCUCAGCAAUGGAGUUACAGUUUCAAGCCAUGCCAGAAGGAGUACUCACAUCUUACUACACUGUCAAUGGGGAAUGGGACAUCAUGAGCAAACAACUGGUCACGUUCAAUAUUGAUACCAUUGGCGCUCAAUUAGCAGCAAUAAAGAUAACUCUAGUGCUAAAAAGACGGCCAACUUUCUUUCUGCUCAACGUUCUGCUCCCAGUUGUCUUCCUUGCUUUCCUCAACAUUUUUGUCUUCCUUAUUCCAGCUGAGUCAGGGGAGAAAAUUAGUUACGGUAUUACAGUACUCCUGUCACUGUCUGUCUACAUGAGCACUGUGAGUGGCAUGCUACCUAGAUCGUCUCUGACACUACCUAAUGUUAUCAUCUACCUCUUCAUUCUACUCGUCCUGAGCAUGAUUACAGUCAUCGGCAGUAUCAUCAUCGUUCUCUUACAUAACAUGGAAGAGAAAGAGGAAACGCAACAAAAAAUCCGAGCCAACUUCACUGCUGCAGUGGCAAAGACCAGUCUUCUCCGACAAGCAGUUUCAUCUCUAUCAACCUCCAAUAAAAUAUCCAACUUCGCACCCAUUCCGCACGUGCCCAAUGCUCAAAGUGACGUCAUUUCCGAUGAGGUGCAUAAAGAGAUUAAAAAUCCCAAAGUAAACAAGUACAAAGUAAUUGGAAAACACAUCAAUCAAAUCUGUUUUGUCAUAUUUAUUAUUAUUUAUAUAGCUGUAACACUGGGCUUUAUCUUCAGUAUCGCCUUAGAUUAA